AUGGCAGAUGAGACUGGCCCGAAACGUUCCACGGUGUUGAGCAGCGUCAUCGCUCAUCCUCUCAAUCGGCAGCAAUUGGACGACCAGACAGACCCAGACAGUUUCUCUGACCUUUGGAAACUCACCGACAGCGUCAUGGAGUUUUAUACCCCAUCGUCUGACAAUACCUGCAUGAUAAUCUCGACUUUUCGGGAAAUGCUCUCGAAAAACGGAGCGAUCUCUCUCAUGACCGACAUCAAGAAGAUCGGCAGAGAUCAAGUGAAGCUCAGGGCAUUCUCACGCUAUCUAAUUGACACAAUACUCAAGCCAAUGAAGCUUGCGAGUAUGGUCAAUUCUGUCGCACUGGCAUCCACACCCGCGUUGCCCAAUUUCAAUGCCACCAGCUCGAUUACCCAACUCGCGGAACCAGCCAGAGGCCGACGGGAGAUUCUCAAGGAUGAAUGCCUCCUACGUGACGGAUUCCGCUGUGCAUACAGUCAUUGCAGCGACUAUGAGAGUAUUAUGGAGGGGCUAUUUGUGCCGCCUGCAGGCAUGCCCGCGGGUGGCACUCAUCUCUCACAUCCCUUGGGAAGUUUAACAACGCCAAUCAAGUCGAGAGAGAAGCGGUGGCCAAUGUUUGGUAUGCUUUAUACCGAUACUUCCCUGGAUUGGGGGGGGAAAAUCGGCCCGGACAGCCUGAAUCAACACCAAAACCUCAUCACCUUUCACACCGGUGUUCGUGAAGACUACGACGACCACCGGUUGGCUCUCAACCCCGUUGAUGGCAAGAUUAACAAGUACGAAAUCAAGAACCUUCAAGGAGCCCCUUUCGCUGUCAAACCCCCGCAAGGCCAUCGUGAAGUCAUGACGCUGGUCUCCUUCGACAACAGAUACCCCCUUCCCGAGCCGGAGUUUUUCAGGGCUCAUUAUCAGAUCGCGAAAAUUCUUGAUGCAACAGGGAUUGGGGUAAACAUUGAGGCGGAGAUAAAUGCUUCUUAUUACGACCCCGAAAACCUGAGCCCUGAUGGCUCAACUGACUUGGGGUCGAUCCUGAAACGGAAGAUGCUGCUGAACAUUUGA